AUGGCAGCACUGGACCUGGCGCCAGACGAGCAGGCGCGGCUGAUGCCCUGCCUGGCUUCGGCCGCCCUCGCCGACCCGGAGCUCUUCCGGGCCCAGGAGCUGGCGAACAGCAUCUGGGCCCUCGCCACCUGUGGCUCAGGCCUUGCAAGCCAAGCUGCACAGCAGCUCACCAUCUUCUGCGUGGAGCGACGGUUAAGGGCCCUGCAGCCUAUCCAGCUGGCUGCGGUAACUUGGGCCGUUGCGGCUGCGGGGCUGGCCGAACCAGUCUUGAGGUCCUCCCCGGCGCCCCCGCCCCUGAUGUCGCGCUUGGCUGGCGCGGCCUGCGGCCGCGGACCGGAGUUCGGUCCGCAGGAGGUUGCCAACAUCAGCUGGGCCAUGGCAAUCGAAGCCGUCCACCACCCUGCCUUGCGUGAGGAGCUCGCUACGGCAGCUCGACGCCUCGCCCCAGCCUUCAGCCGGAAGGAGCUCGUGAACACUCUCUGGGCCUUUGCAGUGUUGGGCAACAGUCGCUCCUGA